UUUUACUGUAUUGCUUUAUUUACUCGCGAUAUUCAAUAAGUAUACCCUUUUCCACCGCUCAAAAAGAAAAUAUACAAAUGAGAAAUAAUUUUUCGUUAAUCUUUUUUAAAUGUCUGAAUAUUGCUGCAAACUAAAUAAACCCAUUGGGUUCUUCUAAUAAACUGGAAGAUUAAUUCUGAAAUGAGGGUAGACCGAAGACAUACAAAGACUGUUGAAUAGAGUACUUAAUACGUUAAAAACAAACGUUCAUAAAAAAAGUCAAUUGGAAAAAUUGUCAGAUGUCUAAUGACAAUACCAGUGAUCACUGAGAUCUGGAGAGGCCCAAUUUUUUUCUAUGGGUUGUAAAAAAUUUGACGUAUUCGAGUUUAAUAAAAACGCUAAAAUAAAUUUUAUUUUAUUUUUUUUUCUACCGUUGGAGUCGUAUCAGUUUUAUUUUAUUGAUUAGUAAAACCCAUGAUUCUUAAGUUAACGUUGAUGUGAUGGUAGGAAAACGAUCUGCUCUGUCUCGGCAAAAGUUUGAAAAGGCUUCUCAAGCGUUUCCACGUCAAAGGAGAUACGAAAAGCAAGUCGUACCGUUCAGUCCUGAAACGAUCACAAGAGUGAAGAACGACGCGAUUUAUUACACCAAACUAUUCAACGAUUUGACCAGCGGAGAAGUCAACAUAAGUAAAUUGCUCCAUGCGAACAUCGGUUUCUUAAAAACGUUCACCAAAUCGUUAUACGGUUACGUCUACUUGGUUAAUAAAAAUCAACUGUAUUUUUCAACUCCGACAACCAACGAAAAGGAAAACGACCAUUGGACAAUCGAACAGGAUUCGCCGAGAAUAGCAGCCGCGGUAGCUUAUAAGAAAGAAUUUGUUGUAAUAAAAGACGUCCGCAAGCAGAAACGUUUUCUGCUCGGCUGUCACAUAGCCGACACUUACAACAUUCCGAAAUCGUUACUCUGCGUCCCAUUGGUCACCCCAUCCGACGUAUGUUUCGGCGUUAUCGAGCUUCAGCGUCAUGCCACGGAGGAACCCUACGGUAUGAGCGACAUAAAGACGAUUGUUGCCAUUACAGGGUGGAUGGGGGCCACCGUUCAUCAGAGCUGGGAGCGGAUGCAGUACGAAAGAGAUUUGGAAUUGGCCGACAGCUAUGCCUACUUUCUCUACAAGUAUCUAGAAGGCGACAGCGAUGUGGACACCUUAAUUACAGACAUUACGAACAUAAUCAAAGACCGUCUCGGAGCAGAAAAGUGCGUCUUCUAUAAAACUGACCAGAAGGAAGACGAGUUAGUUGCCUACUCGUUCGAGGAGUCGCUUGCUAGUGGGAAUUGCAAGUUCGUCGAUCAGAUGUACAUGAAGAACACUCCGGUACGUUCGGAAGACGAGCAAGGAUUGUUAUCGUUAGCGCUCAAAACUAGAGAGAUUAUGAAUAUCGAGGAUGUCUACGAUCCACGAUUCAAUCCUUACAAAGACGGAAGGCACGGCGGGGUGAACUUCCGUAAUGCCCUAGUGCUUCCCAUAUGGAAUUCUAGUCGUCCCCUUGCCGUUCUAAUGAUUAUUAACAAAGUGGGAUGUCUUAGAUUUAAGUCUGACGACGAGGACCUGUUGAAAAAGAUGUGCCCGUACAUGGCUGCAGCUUUGGAACACAAUUACUACCGGGAACACAAUAAUACCAGGGAGAUAGAGAUUGACUACUACAGGGAUCUGGUGAGACAAGUAAUGAUGCCGUGUCGUCAUUAUAAGAAGUUAAAACAAGCCCAGGACGACAGCACGGUAGCCGAAGUUUUCCCACAGAUGACCGAUCCCGUUUGGUACUUGAAAUCCACCGAUGAAGAGAUGAAGGAUCAUCUACUGCUCAACAUGAUGAUUGAUGUUAUUAACGAGACCGAUAUUAACAUGGCAGGGUUGCAAAGGAUGAUUCGGUGGGCUCACACGGGAUACAGGGACGUCCAGUAUCAUAACUUUGAACACGCCUUCAACGUUACCCAUUGCGUUUAUUCGGUGAUAAAACGGAAUCCUGAUAGAUUCAAGCCAAUUGAGAAAAAGGGACUCAUCAUUGCCGCACUGUUUCACGACAUCGACCAUCCAGGAUAUAACAACAACUUCCUUCAUUUGACAAGACAUUCACUAGCAAAACUCUAUCCGGAAUCCACUUUGGAAUGUCACCACUAUUCAGUUGCGUUCUCGUUCUUGAAACUCAAUCAGAUAUUUGACAAUAUGAGUAAUGCUACUUAUUCCAAGAUAUUAUCUGAAAUCCAUGUAGCCAUUAUGGCAACUGAUUUAUCUCAAUAUUUUCAGAACAGGUCCGACCUUUGUCGUAUACUUCAUGCUAACGAAUUCCAAUGGGACAAUGUAUCGCACAGGAUUCUAGUAAAAAGUGUUGUUAUGACGUACGCGGACCUCUCAGGUCUCCUAAAGGAUUUCGAAGUUGUCCAGACUUUGACCAACAGAUUGUAUAGUGAGUUUUAUAACCAAGGAGACAUCGAGGCGGCUUUAGGUUAUCCGCCCAUUUCUAUGAUGGACAGGAAGAGGAGAUACAUAGUACCGAAAGAUCAGUACCAUUUCAUGAACGUCAUCGUCAUACCGUGUGUCGAAUUAUUGACGACACUGAUACCAAACACCCAGGUCUCUUUAGAUAAAGGAAUCGAAAUUAGCAACAGGUGGUUUGAUAUCAUCCAAAAGGGGCAGAAGUAUUGGGCCAGCAUAGAUAAUUUCGAAGAGGUAGAAAAGGAAUCAAUUCGGAUUUCAUUUACGUGAUAAGACGCUUGGUUUUGAUACAAUGAUGAGUACUUAUGUUAAUGCCAAAACACAAAUAGCAGCAGGUUUAGUCACAUUUAAGAUUCGUGCAUCGGGGCUACAUUCACCUCAUUUUGCUUCAUAGUUUUGUAAGUCUUAAUAUUAAAAUUUAUGUCUGGCAUUGUUGUUUUAUUCUACAAAUUACGGUAGAUACAAAUCCUGACGAUGCAAUGCUUUAUUUUUAUACAAAAAAAUGAUUUUUUUUUAUUUAUCCUUAGUGAUAAGCAAGACCAGACCAAGACCAAGACCUUUCCAGUCUUGGUAUUCGUCUUGGUUUUGGCGGUAUACAAACAGUGUUGGUCUAGGUCUUGGUUUUGGUCUUACCACUACUAUUCCUGAAUGAAUUUACAUAUUUAUUGGAAUCUAAAAUAAGUGAUUUUGACAAUGUUAAACGGGACAAGAAGUUA